AACUUACCCCUCUCCGCCUUCCCUCCCGCCGCCGCCCAUCACAAUCCUCCUCUCCAUCUCUCUUUUCUCCUCAUCUCUCUCAUCUCUCCAUCUCUCUUCCAUCACACCCUCCUCCCCACUUUCCUCUCUAUCAACCCCCAUACAAGUUCUCAUGCACACCACGACCGCUCAGGUCGCGCACCACAACACCACCAACAAGCCUGUUGACUUUAACAAUCAUCAUAGCCCGGCCCUCGGGGCCGGGGCGGCCACUGUCACAGUGCCCCCCAAGGCCGACCACAAAGACGAUGACCAGCCAGAGCAGUACCUCCCCAGACUGGAUCACAUCCCUGUCGAGGUCCUCUCUCUCAUCGCCUCUCUGAUCGCCCCUCCCUUCUACCUCCCUCCGCCACCCGACGAGCCUCAGUCCACUCCUCAGCCCCAUGUCAUCACCUCUCUUGAUCCCUCCCCACCCGCACUCAAAACGGUCCCCCAGGCACUUUCUGCCACCACCAAAACUUGUUCGCACGUGCUUGACGCCGCUCGCCCGUGGCUCUGGGAGAACGUCGAUGUCCGCUCCGGUCGCGGAUGGCUCGCCGUAGUCGAGGCCCUCACAGAGGAGGUCAACGAGGAGAACAAGGAAGACGCCGAGAUGGCUGUAAUCUCCGUCGAGAGCAGCAUCGAUGGUGGCAAUAUGAGCCGCGAUGCCAGCACCUUUGGCAGCGACGGGUACUCGCCCAUGCCCGAGCGCGCCCGCGAGCGCCUCCGUGAGUCAUCAGAGCAGCCCGAAGCAGGGCCGAGCAACUAUGCCGACGCCCUCACACACUCGCCCACCUCGACAACCCAUCCUGUCGAGCUGCCCCUCCCUGUCAGUGUUCCCGUCGGCACGGGCCAUGGACGUAGCGUUGUGGGGCGCACGGUCACGAUCAACACGACUGUCGCUCAGAACUAUUACCGGCCCAACGAGCCCAGCUCGAGCAAGUCGCCAGGCAUGCGCUACAACAUGGAGACGAGCCCCCCUCCCCAGCCCCACCGUCUCUCUAUGCUUCUUACGCCGCCCGGCUCGCGCACCACCUCCCCCGUUGGCCAGACUCGCGCUCACCUCCGUGGACGCUCGCGCUCACCUCGUCGCCAGCUGAGCCUUUGGGACGCCGAGGGCAUCAGCUCGGUCCUGCAGCGCUCUAUGAGCCUGUCGCUCCCCAACGGGAGCCGCCCUUUUAUGCGCACCAGCUCGCUCAGCCACUCCCGCAUUGUCCGCGAGCACGACUCGGACGAGGAAACGGACGAGUCUGAGCCCAACGACCACUCCGAGUCGCUUCGCACCGCGAUGCGCACCCCGCCUCCUCAGGAGGAGGAGGCUCCGCAAACCCCUCCCCCAGAGGAGGAGGAAGACGUCCCGGUCAACGCCAACCCGGAGCUUCUCCCGCCACCUGGGCCCUACAUUCGCCACCUCUCCUUCACCAACUUCCGCACGAUCGGCAGCCGCCGCUCGCAGGAGGAAGCAGUGCGUGGGCGCUUUGUCACUGCUGGGCGUCUCGAGGGCGUCCUCAAGAACACCCCAAACCUUCGCUCGCUCUGCAUGACCGAGUACGUUGACUCGUCGCUCUCCGCCGAUGUCGUCGAGGAGAUCUUCUUCCGUGGAUACAGCAAGCCGCGUAUCCUGCGCAACUACUCGCGCUCGCCAGACCGCAGGCGCCUGUCGCGCACCACGUCAAUCUCGCAGCAGAACCCCGCGGACGCGGACGAUCACUCGCUCGACCCAUCGCAGACUACUAUCGACGACCAGAUGGACCCCCCGCGCCCCACCUAUGUGCCUUACGAGAUGGAGACGGACGAGGACAUGUGGAAGAGGCGCAAGCAGUUUACUCCGCUCGAGGCACUCGACCUUACCGGAUGCGUGAGCCGCACCUUUGCCGAGGCAGUCGAGGAGUUUGGCGACAGCUGGCUCAACUUGGGCCCCCAUGACGAGGAAGGGCGUGGGCGCAGCCGAUCGCGUCGGUUCGUCACUGAGGCGAGUGAUGACGAUGACGAGACUGAGCUUCACAACCGCAUGACGCAUCGCCCGCUCUUCACCGCGUUGCGCCGCAUCUCGCUGCGGGCAUGCACCAACCUGCCCUCGCAGUUCAUCACGCAUCUUAUUCUUGCGAUGCCCAAUCUUACCCACCUCGAUCUGUCGGGCACACGCGUGACGGACAACCUCCUUCAUGCGCUCACUCAGCACCCGCCUCCGGGCAUGCACCUGCAGUCGCUCUCGCUGGCGCGGUGUCCGCGCCUCGACCCCAGCUGCGUCGUUGACUUCCUUAUUGAGUCGCCGGCCGCUCGCGACAUUGUCGACCUUAACCUCUUCGUCAACCCAACGCAGGGCAAUGCCAUUGGCGCGUAUGACCUCAAGCGCCUCCUCACGUCGGCUCCGUGCAUCAAGUCGGGAAGGCUGCGUUACCUGGAUCUCUCGUCCGCGGCGUUCUCCGCCGAGCACCUCUCGCCCGAGGUCUUCCCGCCGCAGCCGAGUCUUGUGUCGCUUGGUCUUAGUCACGUUGCCGCUCUGCCACUCAAGGAGAUUGCGCAGUUCCUUCGCUCGUCGGCACCAGGCGUUGAGGUGCUCACGCUGACGGGCUCGUCGGUUAUGGACCUGCGCCCCGACGCAUCGACUCUGCAGAUCACGCUGUCGCUGCACGCGCUGCUCAUCAACCCGCUCACGACCGUGCCCUUCUCGCUGGGCAGCAUCAACAUGUCUGGCAAUGUUACCAAAGCGGACCUGACUGCCGGUCCGACGCGUCUCCGCGUCGUCGAGCUGUCCAGCGCGAUUCGCCGCUCUCUCGACCCUUCGCAGGGCUCGGGCCGAACCGAGUGGCAGGUCGUCAAGUCCAAGGGCGGUCGCGGCUGGUACGUCGACGUAUCAGCGGGCUGGAUCCAAAGCAACACGCUUGAGGACUGGGGAUAUGUCCAGAAGCCUCCUGCCACGGUCGGCGAGGGCUUGGGCUCGCUCUCGUUCGUCCGCCACUUGCCGGCCAGCCACCCGCGGCGGCGCUACCUCACCCAGCUCGCUGAGGCGAAUGGGCGAGUACGCUCGGAUGUCGGGUGGCACUCGCGCAAGAUGGAGGUGGUGCGCGGCGAGGGCAUGAUGGGCCGCGAGGAGGGCAUGGGCGGCGUGGGCGCCUUUGCGUUUGAGGAGUAAGUGGACCGAGAGGCCAGCUGAGGGGUGGCUGGUAGUGUCGGGCAAGGGGCGGAGGGAAAAGAGGUGCCAGAAUCGCACGGACUGUGCCAUUUCAACCUGUACGAUGGUCUGCAAGCACCACAUGACUCGAAGCAAGAACCG